AUGCUCGUUUUCUAUUCUUUCUGGCAGGUCCCCAUCUUUUCGCUGCCGCAGGAGUGGCUGUGGUGCGAGUCCUGGUGCAGCGACGGCAGCAAGGCCGAGGCGAAGACCAUCGACCUGUGCAACAACCCUCAGGUAAUCAUAGAAUGA